AGUGUUUUGGAUUACAGAUAACAACACAGACCUCAUUCAAAAUGAUGAAAUUGGUGGUGUUGUCCUGUCUGUUAGCCGCUGUAUCCGCUGGAGUCCUCACUCCCAUCGCUCCGAUAGCGUACACAUCAUUUUUAGCGCCAUCCAACUACAGAGGACCCCUGUCACUGGCGCCUGGACAACCCGCUAACAUCUUGGCUGCUGACGGCAGGCCUUUGGACACUUUGGAAGUCAACUUGGACCGCUCAGCUCACCUGACCGCCAAAGCGUUGGAUGGACUCCACAUUCUUAAGAAGCGCUCUGCUCCCAUCUUCGCUGCCCCCGCGAUUGCUGCUCCCAUCACUUACGCGAAAGCCCCUGCUCUCGCAUACUCUGUACCUAUCGCUACCCCGAUCGCUGCUCCCAUCGCCACUUCCUAUGGUUAUGGAGCCGGCGUCCACAUUCUUAAGAAGCGCUCUGCCCCACUGAUCGCAGCCCCUAUCGCUUACACGAAAACCUUAGCCACCCCUGCCCUUGCAUAUUCCUCUCCUAUCGCUCCCAUCUCUUAUAGUGCCGCUAUCGCUACUCCUCUCUCAUAUAGCGCCCCCCUUAUCCAUUAUUAAUCAGAACAUUAAGAGAAACCUGAUGUAAAUAUAAACUACAAUUAAAAAUGUGA